AUUUUACGGACAGAGCAGAGGGUAAAAUUAUCCACGUUGCAUAGAGGGAUUGCAUGCAGGUGAAUAUUGUCCUACCUGGCAACCUUGGGGCAAGAGGUCGGACCGGCCCCGGCCCGUCUGGUUACCUUCACAGACACAGCAUCAGUCAGUCGCGUCGGUGUUGUGCUCGUGUGAGGGUCGCGUUUUCUCGCUCCUCCCUUCGUCCCUCAUCUUCCCAACGUUGAGAAAUAGUGAUUUUAGAUGACAGUGAGUCUAUAAAACUGGAAACUUUAUAAAACUACUUUUAUAUGAGUCUGAUUAUAUGGAACUGAAGUUUCAAAGUGUUAAACUGAAAGUAUUAAGAGAAGAGUUAAUUCUAACCCCUAAGAAAAAAAUCGCAAAUAGAGUGUCUGGCUGUGGUUCAUCGGGUGACGGAUGGCUGGGGGUCUGUGCGAGGUGGGGGACUAGUAGAUUCAGCAAUGGUGCACAGAUAAGGUGGCGCUGAGAACCGAUGUCUAGUGGCGGGCGGAGAGCAGCGUACGCCAAAGCUCGCCAGAUGGUGUCCUGCAGAGUUAGUGCUGACCUGUGGCUUAAGUUGGUGUUGCCGCAGCACGCCCAUGGCCAUGGGUGACUGACGCGAGACUGACACGGGAGUGCCUUAGGGUGAAGAGGUGAAUUAUUGUGCGUAGAAAUACAGACCAGGGAAGACUACAACAGAAGUGACCACCACCACCCUGUGAUGUGGGAAGACCUGCGCGUCAGGCAUCCUCCGCUGGGCCUGAAAUGUGCGAGGAGCCUCAUGAGAAAACGAGUGAACAAGUGUUGUGUCAUUGUCGAGAGUGAUAUCAAGGAUCCAAUGAGUGUUCUGACAUGUCCGGGUCGAGUGAGGAGAGCCGUGGGUCAUGUGCCUGCAGCUGCGACGAGGACUGUGGCCGCUCUCUCUCGCCGACAUCCUUCGGUCACGGGGCAGAAUCCACCUCUGGAUGUCCCUCUUCAUCGGAUUAUCUGCCUUCCGAUCCUGUCUCUGGCAGUCUGUCGCCUGGCGGUGACAAGUGCAUCGCAGGGCCUCGAGCAAUGAGGCGGAGUGUCUGGGGUGCAGCGCCGCCUCCGCUGCCAGAGAAACGAAAGUCUGGUCUGACACCCAUCACGAGCCACCUGAUGAAGGCAGAGUCGAAGGAGGCUCCUUCAGGUGGUGUCCGUCCAAGGAUAACGACGCCUCCCGUCUCUUCUUCCCCGUCAGAGAGAUGCUGGUGGGAGCAUCAGCAAUUGUCCCCAGUCAGCUGCGCUUCAGGCUUCUGGGAGACCCCGCGACAACAGCCACCGGGCAGCGAGGAACACAGAAGCUCGUCGUCAGGCUCAGAUUCGGAGGAAACCGAGAAGAUGAAGGCGCUCUUUAUGGCCUGUGACUCUGACGGCGACGGCUUCAUCACCAGCGCGAACCUGGCCGGGCUGAUGGAGACACUGGGCCUGCAGUGCUCCGGAGACACGCUGGCCCGGGACCUUGGGGCUGACCGCAAGGGCCGAAUCUCCCUCAGAAACUUCCUCUCUCGACGAAAACAGUUGUCGCAGGAGGUGAACGCCAUAAGAAGCGAAGGUGGAGGAAGCUGGACCGCGGAUAUGUGGUCUGGGGGAUCAGAAGGGACUGACCCUGACCCUCUCUUCCCAUCCCAAUGUCCUCCUCAGUUACCCCCCAAGCUGGGCCAGGUCAGGGGUCGCCAGGCCACGCAAAGCAACCGCCAGCCCACGAGCAGGCAGGUCCUGGAGGCCACUAAUAAGCUGCACCUGGCAGCGCUGGGGUCACUGAAAGGAGAGAUUCUGGAGCUGUCGUCUAGGCUGAAGGUGUUGAGCCAGGAGAGAGACAUGCUGGAAAAAACCCUCACCGUGACACAAUUGGAGAAGGUGAGGGUGGAGCGAGAGAGUGAAGAUCGUCUUGACUCCCAGGCACAGCACUAUGAGGAGCGCCUCACCGAGCUACACUCUGUGAUCGCUGAACUCUCCCGGAAGAUCGAACAACAGCGAAUCAAUGUCAUUGCUGAAGAAGAAGUUGUGGCUGAAGAAUAUUCCCAGUCAGAACUUUCACACGAACAGCAUGAUGCUACCGAUUCAACGAGUGAGGCUGUAGAAUCUGAGGAGCAGGAGCAGAUGGAGGAGCCACGAGAUCAGACAGCUACGGACGCUUCCACAUCUUGUGACAUUGACGACAGGGCAGUGGAGGCUGGAGAGGGUAUCGCUGACCUGGACGUGAGCGAGUGUCCUCGAGGUAGCGGAGAUACCAGCAGCUGCAGGGCUUCAGGAGAUGACCACAGUCGCUCUCUCAGUGCUCUAGAGGAAGAAGUUAAAGCUUUGAGAGAGGAAAACAACAGUUUGCAGCAUGCCCUGGCCCUGGCCCAGCACGCAGCAUCAACUCAUCGUAACACUCUUGUAGCUGUAACGCAAGAAAGGGAUGCUCUUUGCAAAAAGUUACGUGAGUAUCAAAGAAUGCAGCCAGCCUUGCCACCUCAAGCGCUCCAAGUUGCUGAUGCAGUUACUGUGCGAGGGUUGCGAGGUGCUCCCCUGCAAGCCUUCACCACUGUGUCAGGAGGAUCAGGCCUCAGUGGAUCUGGGCCUGGCACAGUGUCUCCCUCCCCAUCUCCACAGCCUCCAGAGAGCCACACACCUACCCAGGAUGAGACACCCAUCAUUUGCAGGCUAGCAGAACGUGUCAGGCUAAAGAGAGCAGAGAGUGGUGACCAGAGAAUUACAGGUUCAGAGUUGAGUAGUGUAGGUGUGUGGACCACUGCUGUGGCAGAGCAGUUAGUGGCAGGUGUCCAAGAGGAAAGUGAUGCACAAGAACUGUACCAUGCUCUUGCUACUGCUGGAGGAGCACUGGCACCCCAUGAGAGAUUAAAAGAGUUUGAAGUGGAAAUUGAGAGACUUCAUGCAAGAAUAGAUCAUCUAAAAGCUCAGAAUGAUGUCUUAGCUGUAACUCUCAGUGAAUCUAAAUCACAUUGUGAUCAUCUCAGCAUUAUGAUGGGGAAAUAUGAAUCUAAUUCAGUAGCACUGCAGCUGGCAGUAACCAACUUGGACCAGACUAUAGAGGCCUAUGAAGUAUAUGUAGCCCUUCUUGAGAGUGAAAUUGGUUUACUGCUUGCUAGCUGCAAAGCUGCUGGUGUUGGGGUGAAGGGUGCUGGCAGUGGUAGCACAAGUAGUGGUUGGAGCAUCAGUGAACAAGAAGACCUUGUAGCUUUAGUAAAAAGAGCCCAAGAACAGCGGAGAUCAACAGAAAAUGUUGCACGUCACCUGCUCUCCCGUCUGGAAAGGUAUGGGGCCCAACCCUCGGACACUGAGAACUGGAGUGAGACAGGAACAAGCAAUAACACAAGCACUACUUCCUCAACAUCGAGUGGUGUUGAUUCUGAUUUAAGCCGAGGGGAGGAGCAGCGGCUUCGAGAUACCAUCAACAAACUGAAGGAAGAGCGAGGUCAUGUGUCCUCCUCCCUCUUGCCUUUGGAAUCCCUCCACCUUGAUCCUCUUACCAAGCAUUAUCCACUCAGCCUUCAAGACGCUCACAAGCUGGAUCUUGAGAAUGCAGUGUUAAUGCAAGAGCUUACUGCAAUGCGGGAAGACCGUGCAGAGCUAAGAGCUCAGGUGUAUCUUAUGGAGAGAGAGAAGGCUGGGCUGGAGCUGCGUGUGGGCACCUAUGAGGCUCAGGCAGCAGCUUAUUGUGCUACCAUAGACCACCUUAAAUCAGAGUUGGCACAGCACAGACCAAGUGGUAAUCAGGAAAAAGAAGAUGGUGACAGUGGUGUUGACUCUUCCUCCCCUGAAAUAAUGGAAGCCUUGCGGCGUGAACGGCAGCUCAAGAGUCGUGUACAGGACCUGGUCACCACACUUGAAAAGGUUACCAAAAAUUCAGAGGCUAGACAUAUGCAGUCACAGGAGUUUAUCAAUGAUCUGAAGAAAGCAAAUGGAGCUCUUCUCACUGCUGUGGAUCGCUUGAAGAAGAAAUAUGCUCUGAAGGUGAAGAGGAUGGAACAGCAGAUGAUGGGCAUGGUGGACAGACAUGCUCACCAGGUUCGUGUCUUGAAGCAGAAGAUAUCUGUAUAUGAAGGAGAAACGUGCUCAAGGCAAACACAGAUGAUCUCUACUGCUAGUGAGACAUCCCUUUAAUGAUAUUAAAGUGAUAAUUAUACAUUUGUUUAAAGCCUAAAUUUUUUUAAUUCUGUAUUCUUAUAUUAGAGAACAUCCAUCCAAUAUAUCUUCAUGCAGCUUUAACUUGUAGGACUUUAGUAUACAUUUCAUCUCAUGAGUGAACAAUUUUAUAUUCUUUUUGCAGGUUGAAAUAUUAAACAAUAAAUAUACUAAAGAAUGUAAGAGGAGAUACUGAUACAAAUGUUAUUUAAUAACAUGCAUUUGAACACAAUGGGUUAGAAACACAUUUUUUAGUAUUUGUAGGUCUUAUUUAUAAAUACUUUUAGCCAAGAUAAUAUAUAUUACAAUUUGAAAUUGAAAUACACACAUAAAGCAAACUGUUACAGUAUUUGUAACCAUAAAGAUGAAGAAUAAGAUAACAGGGAGAAAUUCUUCUUGAUUACAGAAGUAAUUACUAUACUGGAAAAAAAUGGAUCUAGAAAGAUGUUACACAAGUGUUAAGAUGAUGCAGCAUGUUCCUCAGGAAAAUCACUUCAGGGAAAACUAAAGAAGAAGUUAGUCAAAUAUUGAAAUACUGGAUUAUGUAUAUGCAGCAUGCAUAAGUGUUUAUACACAAAUAUGAAAUGAUCUGUAUUGAAUUCCAGAUGUUUUUAAGAUUAAAACCAAAAUUACUUUACAAACAGACAGAAUCUGAAGCUAUAUUAGGAAUAGUUACAUUGCUUGAAAUGUAACAUUACUGUUAUGGAUUACUGUAUGUAUGGUUGAUAUACAAAAAAAGAUUUGGUAAAUGAAUGUGCUGGUGAUGGUGCCUGAUGAGCUAACAAUAUUGUGUUUGUAUUGUAUAGAAUUUCAUGACAUGAAUUGAAAAUUGCUGAACUGUAAGGAAAGUUUCAAUGUGAGGUUGUAUGUAAUGACAAGCAUUUAUUUUAUUUAAUAAUGCUAAUGCUUCAAAAGUGAGAAUCAUAUAAAAUUGGUAAAUUUCUUUUAUAAAGUGUACGUGAGUGCCAAACUAGUCCAAAAGCAUUAAAGUAUAUAUAUAUAUAUAUAUAUAUAUAUAUAUAUAUAUAUAUAUAUAUAUAUAUAUAUAUAUAUAUAUAUAUAUAUAUAUAUAUAUAUAUAUAUAUAUAUAUAUAUAUGUAUAAAGUACAAAGGUUUUGCUAGCCACAGUAGCUAUCAGAUCUGGUUUUAUACCCAUAGUUGCAUAGCUUGACGAUCAUAGUCCUGCGUGUGGGAUUAACACUUAAGGUCUCAUGCAUUUUAUUUUUAGUCCUGAACAUGCAUGGUGACAUUUCUUUUUAUCUAUCUAUCUAUCUAUCUAUCUAUCUAUCUAUCUAUCUAUCUAUCUAUCUAUAUAUAUAUAUAUAUAUAUAUAUAUAUAUAUAUAUAUAUAUAUAUAUAUAUAUAUAUAUAUAUAUAUAUAUAUAUAUCCUUGUAUGAAAUUUUUUUUUUCCAUCUGUUUUAAAGUGAUUGGGUUUUGGUUGUAAAACAGCUGAACUGCUGAAGCAUUCGGUGUAUGGGAAAAAGAUCUCUGUGCUGUUUAUUUCUUACACCUUGCUAUGUGAAAGGCUGUAGUCUUCUUAGUUAUAAACAUAAAGUAAUGAAUACAGGUUUAUUUGGUUACUUUUUCGUGUAUUCAUCAUUACAUACUAUUGAAUUAUAAUGUUACUAAUUCUUAUUUAAAUGGGAUCUGUGAAACUAUCCAGGUAUCUUGCAUACAGUGUGUUAAUGAUUUUUUAGGGAUUAUUUGAAUUACAUUUCAUAUACAGUAUAUUGUAAUACUGGUAAUUUUUUGCUAAUCAAAAUACCUUCAUUGUAAUGUUUUGAAAUAGUAAUAAGACAGGUAAGGUCAAAGUGUAUUAUCUAGUAAGAUCAUUAAAGGCAAAUUCUAAAUAUGUGUCCAAAUAAUGUUCUAAGUUUGUUCUAAUUGUGGAAAAUUUGUAUAGAAUUUCUACUUCUCACUAAGGUUCAGCAUGUCGUAAACAUUUAUGAUUUAAAAUACUGAGCUUUACAAAAUUGUGUAGGAAAUACAUACUUAGAUCAUGUACAGUAAUCUGAGGAGUACACUUUACCUGCAAGAAACCCUAUGCUGAAAUUUAUAACAUUAUAUUUUUUACUGUGGUACAAUGAAUAUGUCUGUACCUAUGAUUUAUUGACAAUAUUCUGUAAGCAGUAUGUGGUGAAUGUUUAAGUCACAUCUUUCCUGAAUUUCCUAACAUAACAGUGAGCCUGUGGGACAUUUAACCAAAGGUGGAAGUUAGGUUUCAGAAUUGCUUUAGCAUUACUGCAUUUUAAUGUUAUGUUGAUAUUAGAGUUUCUAUUUUGAAUAAUAUUUUCAUUCUUUAAUAAUGAAAACUUGCUAUGCAUGGUUAUAGAAACCAAGGAUCAUAUUAUUUCAAAUCAGUAAUAUCAUAAUGAAACAUUGUUAUUUUACUUUUUAAUAUUGUUAUGAAAUUUUAUAUAAUAUAUUGUAUAUAAUUACAGUAUAUUCAAAAGUUUACAUAAUGAGCUGUCUGCUUUAUAGAUAUGCACAUGCUAUGUUGUUAGAUGGACUGCCUCAACAGAAAAGAAAGGAAGGCCACUGCAUGUUUGGUAAUAUUAGGGUUAAUAUGCCAUUGGACAUCCUCACCACUUGGGUAGCAUUUGUGACUACUUGUGUAGUCACAAGAAAAAGAAAAAUCAUUUAUAAACAGGCAUUCUUCCAUUCAAGGUUAUGAAGUUUAUGACUAUUUUCUUUGCAACAAAGUAUAAUUGCUGCUAUUAGAAGUAACAACUAUCACAGCAACAAGUGGGAGUCCCAAUGAACUGAUGGCAGCUUGAUGGAUUUAAGCAUGCCCAUAAAUCCUCUCCUCAGUUAGCCACCCACCUCAUAUAUUAUGUUUGUUGCCUUGUGCUGCCUUUGUCUGUAGAAGUUCCCUUUUGAGGUCCCAGCCCUGUGAAGGAAAAAGUCAGUUAACCAACAUAAUAUUAGAUACUGAAGCUGCCACAAACAGCAGCCAUCAUCAUAUAGUAACUACUGUCUCUACUACAGCACUACUGUUACUAUAACUACCACUAACUACUACAACUACUUUGUAACUACAGGCCUGAGUAUAGUACUAAUAGUUGAGACCUUCAGUGAGGAGUAAAUGAUGCAAUGGUGGUAAACCUCACUAAAUCUGUGAUAUCACCUGUGGAAUCUUUGAACACUUGACACUCAAACACUAUGACCAGCUAAACAGUAGCAUCUGUAUUGUAAUUUACAAAACUGAAUGUUGUCAGGAAGUGAUACAGUAUAUUUAGAAAUACAUGUGUAUGUUAUUAUAUACUAUGCAUAUAUACAGAAUUUUUCUGUUGAGAAAUAUAAUGAUCAUCCAAGUAUGCGUGUCAAACUUGCAUGCUGCCUUGCUUCAACCUCAUGUUUGCAACCAGGAACUCCUCACCAUAGCAUAAGAAGCUAGUGUGAUUAAAGUUAUACUGGCAUCAAAUGCAGCUUUUGAUUAUUGAAUUAUUUUGGUUCCCAAAAGUCACAUAAGAGAACUGUAGGUGAAGUGUACAAAAAAGUCUGUCAAUUGUUGCUUUAUUUUAUAAGACUAGUUGCAUGAAAUAUGAGUUGGUGUUGCAUCACCAUAGUUUUUUGAGUUUUGUCCUUGCAUUCCUCUGUAAAAGUGACAAGAAAUCUGGGGAUUCUUCUUCCUCCUGGCUACUUUGUAGUGGCCCAGUCUAGGAUGGAAGAUCUUGGGUGUGUAGUUGAUUUACCUUGUUGUGACAGUUCCAGACUUGCCUGGAGGAUUGAUGAGUGAUAGUAAGCAUGAGUCCAAAAUCAUCAGGAUGUCAUAUUUAUCAUGGACUUGUAGAGACUCUAACUUGUGAUAGCUAUUAUUCCUAGACUGCUGAUAUUGGAUGAUUAUCCUUUUGACUACAUACUGAGUAUCAGCAGUGCAUGAGUGUCUCAGCAAGAUUCUUUGUUAGUAUUGUUUGGUUAUGAUAAGACAACAAUCAUAUCUUGUCUUUUUGAGGCUCCCUAGAACCUGUUAGCCAUUAUCCAUGGUUUUCUGUCACUUGCUAACCCUGCCUGACACAUCAAGCACAUCUUAAAUGAUAAUGGGGAUCAUAAGGACAAUAAUUGUACAGACAUUACUCUCAUGUGCACCUAAUUUUGUAUGUUUGUGUAUGCUCGAAAGAUUUAUUGAUUGUGAGGGGUGGUAGUAUAUAUUCACUGCACUUCCUGGAUUAUUAAAAGUGAAGUUGAAUGAAGAAAAAGAAGUGUAUAUCAAAUGAUUAUGCCUUCAAACAAUUUGGUAAAACCUUUGGCUGCGUGAAGUACUUCAGGUAAGGUCAGACCUUAUCUCAACCCAUGACAGUAUUAGUGGGGAUCAGUGCUGCUUUGAGGUGUUGAGGAAAACUUAUUACUACAUAUACGUGUUUGGUUUCAGGAGCAUUCAGGUGAUACAGAAGGCAUCUUUCUGUAUGCAAUUUGAGUUAAGUGUGUGUAUAUGUGAAUACAUUAUAUGGAAUCACUGUGUAUGGGAAAAUAGACUAAAUUUGUAUCAAAUACUGUAUAAAAAUAGGGAAACAAUAAAAGGGUAUUGUGGCAAAAA